GGAGAGAGAUCUGGUCACGAGGAAGACGAAAAAAGAUGGCGCCUGCCUUGACAUUUUUCCUUCGCAAAGACUGCGUUUCUUGUCGAAUUGUGUGGCUCUACAUGUUAAAAAAUAAGAUCCCAUUCACCACUGUUGACAUCAAUGAAGGGCGACCUGUUGGCUUCUCUGGUAUGAGUCCACUGGGCUCAGUCCCAAUGAUUUUAGAUGACGAUCAGUCAAUCUCAGGAAGUCUGGCCAUUGUAUUGUACUUGGCAGAGAAAUAUGCCAGCUUUGCAGGCUUUGGACAAACUCCAGAAAUGAGAGCCAAAGUWAACUCAAUAGUCUGUUGGGCGUGUGGUGCUUUGAAAAGGGAUGUUUGCCAUAAUUACAUCAACCCAUCUCUAUCCCUUCAAGAAGACAGCUUAGCUGGCGAUGCAAACAUGUCACUCAUCUCUUACGGCAAGACAGAAGUGAUYUUCCACCUCAACACACUUGAAAACCACUACCUCAAUAAUUCAACUUUCCUUUGUGGAGAAAGAGAAACKUUUGCUGACAGUUGGGUGGCAUUGAUUCUAUCAUUGCUUGAGCUACUKUCUUUUGAUUUUAGUCCAUGGCCAAAAGUGAAAACAUGGAUGUUGAAUAUGAAGUCAAAUUGUGAUUAUGUUGAUGUCAGUCACCAACAUGAAGAGAAAGUGAGAAAGUGUUGUUACGGUAUAAAUAGAAGCAUGGCAGACAUGUCGUCAGUGUAAAUAGAGGAUAUUACACAGGUGUGCGGAAAUACAGAUUUUAUCUUUGAGUGUUGAAAAGAUCUCUCAUGAGUGAGUGAAAGAUUUUCAACACAGGAAGAUAAAAUUUGUAUCUCCAAGUGACCAUGCAAUAUUCUGUUUAUCAUAUAAUUAUAUAUGAAAAGCAAAUUAUGUCCUAAAGUAACUUUUCAUACUUCCAGUAUAUCUAUUUUAAAUAGGUAUUUCAUACUAGUUAAUUAUAAUAUGAUAAAUACAAAAAUAUCUACUCCAUAGUGACGGACUAGCUAUGCAUUAGAAAGAGGUUAUAGAAUUGUUUUCAACAUUUGAAAGGUGAAAGGUUAGUGAAACGAACAGUCCCUAGAUUUCCAUUGCAAACAAGUCAUUCUGUGACAUAAACAAAAUCCUAUUUAUUGGACAUGAAAAUGAGUAAUUUCACAGCAUUUAGAAUAAUAUUUAAUAUACCGCAGUAAUUCAUGCCUCUAAGGCAUGUAUGAAGUUUUAGUUUAUCAAUUGAAAUUGUGCAUGGUUUUCCAAAAUAGAAAAGGCUGUAUAUAAUAUACUGAAUUCAAAAAUUGCAUAAAAUUUGUUUGUAAAAGCACAUUACAAUAAUUCACAUCAUGGAUAAUGAGAAAAUGCUGAACUUUAAUUAUCAUAUUACCAUUGGGCAGCCUAAGCUCAUUUCCGGUGAGAUAUAAGAGAACUGAUGGAACUCUUGUGUCUACAUGACAAUUCUCACGUCAAAAAGUGAAAGUAAUUGUAUAUUACUUUCUGCUUUUGUYUAUAACUUGACCGUUUACUCAUAGCCCUAUACAUUUUCUUUUAUCUCACAGGAAAUGAGUUUCGUUUGGGAUACCAGUGACAUAACUUUUAAGGCCUGCACAUGGGUCAAAUGCUAUUAAAUUAUUUAAAUUUGUU